AGGGGCAAAACGCGUUUUUCAGUAUUCGCGCGAUACGGACGCGCGCGAACGACUGUUGUGUGAUUAAAUAUUUCUUUAAAAUGAGUUUCACUGCUAUUCAACGUUUUUUCGUAUCGAACUUUUUAACCGUGUAUUAUAGCGUUUUAAUUUUAUUUAGUUUUUUAUUGACUUUUUUGAGGAAUCCCUUAAAAAAUCCUUGGGAACAAAAAUUGGUAUUAGUACCACCAGCAAGACUUAGCGACUCAAAGUACGGUGUACAUAAAUAUGUGAAGGCAAAUGAUAUAAAACUACAUUAUGUUGAAAGCGGCGAUCCUAAUAAGCCACUUAUGCUGUUUCUGCACGGAUUUCCAGAGUUUUGGUACUCCUGGCGACAUCAGAUUGUGGAAUUUAAUAAAGAUUACUGGUGUAUUGCUGUCGACAUGCGGGGGUACGGAGACUCGGAGAGGCCGGAGGAAGUGUCCGCCUACAAAAUAGACCUACUAGUGGAAGACGUGCGAGAUCUCAUGCGGAAAUUGGGUCGCAACAAAUGUAUCCUGGUGUCUCACGACUGGGGCGGUCUGAUAGCUAGCAAAUUCCGUGACACUCAUCCUGACGCAUUGGACGCGGUCAUACUAUUGGGAAGUACGACCAGGGAAGCAUGGAGCCACGAAAUAUGGAAUAAUCCUGAUCAGAAAAAGAAGUCCUGGUAUACAUUUUUCUACCGCAUGCCGAAAUUGCCUGAGCUGAUGUUGCAAAUGAACGAUCUUCAGAUUUUCGAUAAAGUGUUGAGACGACAAGAAAAUUACGUUGAUGAUAGUGACAUCGAAUGUUAUAAAUAUUGGUUUAGAAAACAAGUUGCACUUACGCCGCCUAUUAACUACUAUAGAGCAAAUUUCCAAUUGACUUUUCCUGAUAAAUAUAAGGAUGAAAAUGUUCCAAUGAUUGUAGCCAACGGCGAAAAAGACCCCUACAUAGUUCCCAGUAUCUUGGAACGUAUAAAAACAGAAUAUAAAUACAUUGAAACAGUGCUUGUGGAAGACGCAUACCAUUUCUUACAACAAGAAUCACCGGGGAAAGUCAACAAGAUUAUACGAGAUUUUCUUCUAAAAAAUAAAUUGUAAAAUCAUCAAGGAAAGUUUGUAAUAAUUUUUACCAAAGUUAGUUUUGCAUAAAAUGCAUAGAUAAAAAUGUUUUA